AUGGUGGCUCGCAAGAGUGUCAAGGCCACCAAGAUUCUGAACAGGUGUAAUGGCAAAAUCAAUGGAUAUAGCGUUGAUGAGCAAAUCGAAAUCAUGUCCGCUACAGUUGCGCAGGAGCGCAUUCUUGCAGAGCGCAACUCAGAAGAAGGAACCUGGGCUGUCUUUCAAGGUCGCAAUGGUAUUCGCUUUCUGAUUGCUGCUUGGCCAAAGAUUGCUCAGCAGCUAGUUGGCCUGUCUGUGUUUAAUACAUAUGCUACUUAUUUCUUUCAAGAUGCUGGCAGCAAGGAUCCAUUCAUGGUCACUGUCAUUCUGUCAUGUGUCCAAUUACUGUCCAUGAUCAUGAGUGCUACUACCACUGAUAAGUUUGGCCGUCGUCCGUUGACCGUAUACCCUUACGCAGUGACAUCGUUGUCGGUCUUGUGUCUUGGAAUCAUUGGCUGCUUCGAUUAUACCAAACCGUCGACAAGCUCUCUACUGAUCUUCUUUGCUUGCUUGGCGACUUUGUCGACGACUGGUGCAUCGGCAAUUGGCUACGCUUACGCCACUGAAAUCCCCCAGCAACGACUGCGUGCAAAGACAGCCGGCUGGGCCCUCGCUUCUUCGAAUUUGGUUGCCAUUAUGUUCAGCUUCUGCACGCCUCUGAUGAUUAACAAUGCCCCGGUGUCCAGCUGGGGCGUCAAAACCGGUUUCUUCUUUGCAGGCACUGGCACAUUUUCUGUCAUAGUCGCUUGGUUUAUUCUUCCCGAAGUAACCCGCCGAACACCAGCUGAAAUUGAUGAAUUGUUUGAGAAGAGAGUUAACCUUCGCCGGUUCAAAGGAUAUCUUACUGAUGUGCAGAUGAAUGCGAAUGAAAAACGUAACGAGCAUGAGAUAAUAGUCACAGCUUGA